UUGUUUUGGUGAUUUCAAAUGUCAACAUUGGCUACCAGAAAUCGCUUACCCCACCUUUAAGUGUCUGUAAACGGUAACAACACAGUUUGCUCAUGGGUCAGGGAGUGCAAAAAUUCGAUUCUUCAGGGACUGGCCAGUGCCAUGUUGACCUUUAGACCACCUUGAUCUGAGGGUAGUAAAGGCCUAAACUGAACUAUGGCAUUCACUAUAUGAAGGGACUGAGUCAUUCUCAACUCCCUGCCAAACUACAGAUAUUAAUAAACUGCCUGUUGUUGGUGUGUGAACAGCAAUAAUAUCCUGAUCAAAAAGGGGAGGGAAAUACCUGAUAAAUCUGGGUUAUAUGCCAUUAAGUGUCAGUGCUCAUUACACAUUUGAAAUUGAGCAAGAGGAAAAUGGCUACUUGAUGCACCAGUUGAAAAAAACGGGGCGGUGACGUGUUUAAACAAUGAACGUAUAAAAUUCCCCCCCCAUUAUAUUUUGGCCUUUUUUUAGCAUGGAAACAAGAGAGCAGCUGCCCUUCAGUCUCUCUCCCUCUCUGACCAGCUCCUGUUUGUCACAGUGAGUUAUCUUUAUCUUCAUCUUUAACUCUCAGACUUAGGAACAUAUUCAGGCUGUCAUCUCUCUGACUCACAAACUAAAUCAACAGCACCCUUCACACGCUCACAGCUAGCAGACUCAUUUCAUCGCACAGCUAAGUCAUGGCGGACAGAAAAGACAGCAAGAUCCCCAGUAAAGUCGGCAUGAUAAAGAAGAAAGAAAAGAAAGUGGAGAAAGUAGAGAGUAAACCCGAAAAGGAGAAAGAAAAGAACAAAGAUAAAAGUGAAAAGGUGACAAAGAAGCCAGAGAAGACCCCAGAAAAUCAGCAAAAAAAUGAGGAGAUGCCUCAAGGAAAUGGGGAAGUAGCAGAAGGUGCCAAAGGCCCUGUCAAAGAUGAGGAGUUUGAGCUGGAGCCUAUGGAGCUGCCUCCAUUCGAGAUCAUUAUAGGAGACAGAAUGAACCCGAACUUCUUUAAGUUCCAAUUUAAAAAUGUGGAAUAUUCCUCCGGACGCAACAAGACCUUCCUGUGCUACCAGGUAGACAUUCAAGGAGGCGCUGCAGAGACAGAAGGCCUUCGCGGUUACCUAGAAGAUGAGCAUUUGGGUUCACAUGCUGAAGAGGCCUUCUUUCAACAGGUGCUGGCCUAUUAUGACAAGUCACUCCACUACACAGUGACCUGGUACAUGUCCUCGAGCCCAUGCGCAGCCUGCGCUGCUAAGCUCGUAGAGAUCUUGCGAGCACGCAAGACAAUGCGCCUUAAUAUCCACUGCUCCCGUCUCUUCCAGUGGGAGGAAGCAGAGAUACAGGCCGGACUUCAGGCGCUAGUUAGGGCGGGGUGUAAAAUACACAUGAUGAGGCCUGUGGAUUUUGCAUAUGUUUGGUCUACGUUCGUUGAGAACGAGGAAGAUAACUUUACACCCUGGGAGGACUGUCAAGAUAACUAUGAUUAUUAUGAUGAGAGGUUGUGUGAUAUUUUAAAGUAGGGUAAGGAGCCGCAGCUGGCCUCUGAUUAAGACUGUUAAAAACAGCCUGGGCACCGCCUUUAAGCAAAUUUAGUACUUGAAAGCUAAUUAUUACAAUGUCCCUGUAAUUACAACAGCAUUGUUUUCUCUGUCAACACUAUUCAUCCUGCAAAAUCACUUUGUUGACUUUGAUUUUAAACUUACAUAAUGAAUUCAAACCACAAAAAAUAUAUAGGUAAUACUUCUAUUUUACUUAAGUACCAUU